ACUACAUGUAUGUUGAAAAUUACACUGGCAAGAAAAUGCUGUCAGAUGGCUAUGUUGCGUAUUUGCAAGCUACUGUAAGUACAGAUCUGAGCUACAUUUUGCAUGUUCCACUCUCAGCGCACCCCUGCGUUCUAAAAAGUUUGCUUAUUGUUGCUUUGCAAUUUUAUGUGCUUUAAUAGAAGUGUAACGAAUUUUUUACUUUGAUUCGAAACUGCAAAACCAUCAUUUGCUAAGAUGUCCAGUGUGGAGGAAGUCGGAAGACAAACCACAACUUCAGAAUCUGGCACGGAUUCCUCUAAGAAUGCCCGAUUGCGGCAGACCAUUAGUGAAGGGUUUCUCCGCGUACUGGAAGAUCUGAAAUCCACGAGAACUCUGUGCGAUGUUGUUCUGAAAGGAUCAGAGAAUGGCGCCGAUGGCAUUCCGUGCCACCGUGUGGUCCUUUGCGCACACAGCAGUUAUUUUCGCACAAUGUUCACAUCUGAGUGGAAGGAGAAGUUCCAGUCAGAGAUCCAGCUGAAGAAUAUUCCCGGUGGCACGCUGAGCGAGCUGAUACAUUUUGCUUACACAAUGGAAAUCCGCAUUGACGAAGAAAAUGUCCAGCACGUCCUGACCGCAGCAUUAUUUCUGGAUAUUGUCCCAGUGGCAAAAAUGUGUUGGGAUUUUCUGGAACAUCACUUAGAUACCUCCAACUGUCUGAUGGUUCACUGUUUGGCGGAAAAGCACAAAAAUCCUGGCCUGGCAGAGAAAGCUAAAGCCUUGGUCCUUCGCCGAUUUUUUCACGUUUCGCAGAGCGCAGAUUUUUUAUUGGUCAACGCGCAGAAGAUAGUCGAGCUGGUUGCAUCGGAUGCAUUGCAUGUGGAGAAGGAGGACGAAGUGCUUCAAGCUGUCAAGCGUUGGUUUGAUCACGAUCCGGCUGGACGAAAAGCUCACUUUUCGGAUAUUUUGCAAUUUAUUCGAGUGACCUUUCUCGAUCCUAAGUGUCUCGAGGAGUAUUUCUUGGCUCUUUUAAAUGGCUUCAUUACGACCCCGGUUGCCGAAUCGUCAGUUCGUUCCGGCACCAUCAUGGAAUUUCCGGGUCGAAGUGGGGAAGCAGUAGCGUCCCGAUGUCGACCGAGAGUAUCAUAUGGUUUGCCCAAACUGAUUGUAUGCAUUGGCGGUAUUGAUAUGAACGACGAAUGUCUGGACGAAGUGGCUGUUUUCUGUCCCUCGAUGUCGGCAAUAAGCUGCCUCAAGCGACUGCCGGAAGCCAUCGCACGCAGCGGUGUAGCGGUAUUGAGCGAAAACUCAAUUUAUUCAUGUGGUGGUUUGUAUCGUUCAGACGACCGGGAAGUCCGGGAUGUCAUUAAGUUAGUCUGGCGAUACGACUCAACCAACAAUGAGUGGGAGGAAGUGGCGCCAUUGCAAGUUCCACGUUCAUGCCAUGGUACUGCGGUUCUCAACGACCGCAUUUAUGUUGCCGGAGGAAGUUACUUUGAUGAUAAUGGUGAUUUGACCAAGUUAUCUUCGGUGGAAUGCUUCGAUCCACAGACAAACAGCUGGCAAUUUGUUGCUGCCUUACCGGUUGCUUUAGACGAUGUUACCAUGGUAGGCUUCAAAGAUCGGCUGUAUGUAUUUGGAGGAGAUUCAGGGGAGUCGGAGGCUGUAGUAAGACUAAGCAAUAAAGUGUUCUGCUACGACCCCGUGGUAAACGCCUGGAGUGAACUGGCCGAUAUGCCGACUGCUCGACGGUGGUGCUCUGCUUGCGUCAGUCCGAGCGGACUGAUUUACGUAAUGGGUGGGGAUGUUGGUAAACCGGACAUAAGUGUACGUUGCACAGAAGCCUACGAUCCAACGGCUAAUAAAUGGCUAAAAAGAGGUGAUAUGAUCGAAAAGCGCAGUACGCAUGGAUGUGCGCUUGUGGACGGCAAGAUCUACGUUCUCGGUGGCAUUAGCAUGUGUACAGAUACCAGCUCGAUCGAGUUCUACGACGAAGCUACGGACAAGUGGACCUUCCAUGAAGCGCGACUGCCAAAAGCAAAGAGUGAUUUUGGCUGUGCGGUGAUAACGUUAAAGAGAGGUAUGCAUUUAAUCGAUUCGCGCGAGUAAGCGAUUCCGACGGCUGAACUGUUGGAUGGGUCUACAAAGCAUUGAGAAUCUCCAGGCGGGGAGGAUUAUGUCGAUAACAAUGAAUAAUUUUGUCUUGAUUUUCAUGCUGUCGCCAUUCCAGUAGCGAAUCUACAACUUUUUUUACGGGUGGCCGGCGAACCCUUUAUGAAACUUUAUUAUAACAAAAUGCGAUUUGUAUCAGUUUUUGUCUUCUAACUUUGGAUUAAAGAAUCUCGUUCAUAAAUUUUGUUUACGUUCGGAAGUCAUCUCAUUGCAGACCAUAGGUGUCCUUAACGUGCUUGGCGGACGGG